AUGAGUGAACAAUCGAAUUACGAAAACUUUACAAAUGGUUUUUCAUCGAAUCCGAUGAUUAAUCCAGACUCGGAUUAUUAUUAUGUCAACAGUUUUUCGUCGGAAAUGUCAGAUCCCAACCCCAACAUUUUUUCCUAUCCGCCCUCCCAGCAAACUUUUGGCUACCAGCGUCAAGAUUAUUAUUGUCCUCCUGAUGUCGGUUCUUUCGACUCCAGCAAUGUCCGUAUGAAUGGAUCAUUGGAUACUAAUAUUCCGAAUAACGGAAAUGCUGGUAAUUAUUUUUAUCGGGUCAACAAUUAUCCUCAUCCCGUUAAUUAUACUUUGCCCGAAAGGCCUGAUCAAAUGCCGUUUCUCUCUACUCUCUCCAACAAUGCUGGCACGAUGUCAAACACCGGAUUCGUAGUACUUGUCGUGCAAGUAGACCUCGACAAAAUAUCAGCUAUUCUUCAAUAA